CUUCAGCACUUAACAAACUAGUCAGUAUACAAUAAGACUCGAAGAGUAGUAUGUCAGGUAUUUUUUUUAACACGUCUGAAAAUAUAGUUCAACGUGAUAAAAUAUAUCAUAACGUGAACAUCAGAAUAAGAAAAGCAUGCCUCAAUUGCAAGUUCAGUAAUUCAAAACAGGCAUGCUUUGGUUACAACUUAAAUAAUCCGAAUAAAAGGAUCGUAGUGUGGUUGAAAUACACUUUAUCAUGGAUUCAAAGAAAAGUUCCACUGCAAGUGUUAUAUUGUAGAAGAUACAGAUAUGUGUCAUGCAAGUUAUGUUUAUAUUGGAAAAUAUGGAUGAGAUAUGUAUCCUGGGUCCUGAAAUUGGAAGAAAGAAAAAAUGAUUGAUAAGGAAACUUCGAUAAGAAUUUCAGAAAAGUUUUCGGAGAACAACAAAGACGUGUCUGCUACGGCGAUGCCAGAAAACGCGCAAACGGAAUCCGUUGUACCAAUGAUGUUCGACAACUUCGUGUUGAAACGGUGGCUUCGUUCUAUCGGACCAGUUCGCCGUUCUGAAGUGCUAAAAAAGCUGAAAACGAAUCUGGAAAAUCUAGGCUUAUCACGUAAACAGGUACACCGGGGGUUGAUGCAAUUAGCGACGAAACCACAUGUGGUCCUUACACGCCAACCACUCUACAGGAAAUGUGGAUUAAAAAAUUUAGAAAAUGAAAGAGAAAACAAAAUUGUUGACAAUUGUAGAAUGAUCGAUGUACAAAAAUUAAACGAUAUUGAAUGGAUUGUUGAACAAGGGGAUAAACAUAUUAAAAAAACGAAUAGCGUAAAAGUAUAUGAAGAUUCAUUAAUAAAAAAUAAUCAAGAAUUAUUCAUAGACACUUGUAAAGUAGAAAUUCCACUAACAACAUUCCAUUCCUUUGAUAAGGCUUUAGAACAAUUUGACAAACUUGUUUCUUCAAAAAUGAACAUGCACGAAAAGUUAUCUAAUAGACGAGCUUCUGUUAUUGUAUCAACAGAUUCUGUAAUUAAAUCACAAAACAACAUAUUUUCGAGUAAAAAAUUUAAUAAAAAUGAAAAUUACUUUACAUAUAUUGAAGAUAAAAAUUCUCGAAUACAAAAAAUUACUAAUUUAAUAUCUGAUAAAAUAGAUAGAGUACCUGCUACUAAAAAAAUUGAUAUAAAAUUAAACUUAAAAUCUUCUUCUGAUAAAAAAGAAAAUAAUUGUGUAAAAUCAGAGUCUUAUAAAGUAUUAAACACUUAUUAUAUAAAAUCGCAUAUUAAUAAAAAAUUAUGUAAUAAUAAGAAGACUAUGGAUGUUAAAGUAAAUAAUAUAUCAAGCAAAAAUAAAUAUUCGAUAGAUUAUAAAAUCGAAGAAAAUGCAAAAAAAAGAACGGUUUAUGAACCGGUAACCUCGGAUUCUACACAACGAAAAAAGAUUCGUACAUCAAUUGAUGAACAUAAAGAAAUCAAUAGAAAAAAGAGAAAAAAAUUAAAAAAUAAGUUUCGAGCAUAUUUCGGAGAAUGUAUAACUAUUAGUGAAGAUGAACAGGAACAAACUAUUUUACAAAACAGAUUUAAAAGAAGAAGAAAAAAAGAUUCUGCUGAUUCUAGUGAUUCUGGUGUGUAUAUUGCUGAUAAAAGUACGUCUUUACAAAUUAUAAAAGAUAUUCAAAAAACUAUAUCUAAUUCAAUAAUUUGUGGAAAAUUUAACGAAAAUUUAUCUGGAGAAACUAUUAUAAAUGCCAAUAUAGAUUAUGAAUCAAAAGUCAUUGACAAUGAAAGUACUAAAAUUAUUGAUUCAAUUGAAAAUAAAAAAGUAUCAAAGAUCAAACAAGAUAUAUAUGGAAAAAUCAUUGCAAAUGCUAAUACAAAUAAUGAAUCAAAACAAGUUAUUGACAAAGAAAGUAUUAAAACUAUUGAUUCAAUCGAAGAUAGAAAAAUAUCAAAGAUCAAGCAAGAUGUAUCUGGAAAAAUCAUUGCAAAUGUCAAUAUAGAUGAAUUAAAAACAGUUAUUAAUAAUGAAAGUAUUAAAAUUAUUGAUUCAAUUGAAGAUAAAAAAGAAUUGAAAGUCAGGCAAGUCAUAUUUGCAGAAACCAUUGCAAAUGCUAAUAUAAGUAACAAAUCAAAAGAAAUUAUUGAUAACAAAAUUGACAAUAAAAGUACUAAAACUAUUGAUUCAGUAUUGAAAAUCAAGCAAGAUAUGUCCGAAUCAAUACAUCUUGCUAUUGCAAAUGUCAAUAUAAAUAAUGAAUUAAAAGAAGUUUCUAGCAAUGAAACUAUUGAUUCAAUUGAAAGUCUAAUAAAUAUGGAAAUUGAAAACAAUGAAUUACAAAUUAUUCAAAUAAAGAAAAACAAUAUAUCUCAAGAAAAAUUAAUUAAUACUGAUAGAGAUAAUAUUAUACCAAACAAACAUAGACUAAGUGUUAUACAAAGCAAAGAUAAAUCAAACAUAGAUAUACCUCAAAUAACUAAGGAAAUAGAAAAUAGUGCUUCUUUAAAAAAAGUAGAAAUAAAAACUGGUAAUACAACAUUAUCUUCUGAUAUUUUUUGUUCCACAAAUGAUACAAUAAAUAUAACUGAAGAUUUUUCAGAACUUCAAAAUUGUAAUUUAAAUAUAAAAGAUUUUAAUGAUCUUCUUUAUAUGGAUAUUACUGAAACUUGUCAAAUCACAUCAAAUGGAAAUGUUCUUAGCAUUCAAGAAACUAUUGAAGAAGUUAUGAAUAAAAAUAUUGAUGAAAAUUCAAAUUUAAAUAAUUUAUCCGAAACACAAAUAAAUUGUAAUCAAGAUGUUAAAAAAACAAUAUCAAAUUGUAUUGAAGAAAAUAACAAUAAAGAUUUAAAUAAAAUGCAAUCUUCUAAUACAAAUACAAAUGAUAGAAUUAUUUCUAUAAAUAAUAUGUAUAAUAUACCAAAAAAGGAAAAUGAAUUACCAGUGGCAGAAUUCAAAUUAAAUAUUUUAGAAAAGAAAAAUAUUCAAUCCAAUAAUCUAUCUCAGGGUAGAUUAAGAGUUUUAUCAAGUGCAGAAUUAGGUUCUAGAUGGUGUCCUACACCUAUAAAUACUGUUAUGUCUACUGUUUCUCAAUUUUCACAUUCUACUCCUCAUUUUACAAAUGCAGCAACUUUUAAUAAAGUUAAUUUAGAUAAUACUAUUGUUGUUUCAACAUCAAUGACUCAAAUAGUACCUACAACAAUAUCUUCAAUUACUACAUCUGCACCUACAACAAUUAAUAAAACAACAAUUUCUGAAAAUAUGAGAAAAAAUAAUAUAGAUUACAAAUUUUCAAAAUCUAUUUACUUUAUUUUCGUGAACAUACGUGACUUAAUUCAAAAAAGACGAAUGUGUUUAAAUACUAAUUUGAAUAUUAAUUAUGAUAAGUUAUUGUUUAUAGAAUUCGAAAAGCUAAAAAAAAUAUUGAAUAUAGAAGAUUAUAUUGAUUUAAUUGAUGGAGUUCUAAUUAUACUUAACAAAGAAAUGUUAGUAAUGCCAUUAUUGUCUUUAGGAGAAUUAUUUCAUUAUACACCACUAAUUGAAUCUUUUUAUAUUCGUUCAUCAAAUAAACGUAAAACUGUAAAUAAUUCUAGUGAAUGUCAAAUUAUAACACCUGUAAUUGUUUCAAAUCAAAUAACAUCAAAUCAAAAUAGAUAUUCUAAUCCACAAAUAUCACAGAAUGCAUGUGUUACAUCUAUGCAUUCUACAUUACAACAUGUAUUUCCUGUUAAUCAAAAUCAAACAUCUACAAAUGUUACUUUAAAACAAUCUUAUCAGAAUUCUCAAGGAAAAAUCAUUUUGCAAUCACAAAACAAUUCAUUUCAAAAUAAUAUGCCAAUAAAUUCUACUGCUAUUAAUAAUCAUAAUAUACAUCAACAUAAUUAUAACAUGCAAAUGCACAAAAUUAGUCAACAAAAAAUUCCAAAUUCUUAUUUUGUUCAACAGAAACCAGCUACAAAUAUAUAUACCAUGCAAAAUCUUCCUGUACAACAUUCCUCAUUUUCUUCUAAUAUUAAUCAACUAGGAGACCGACAAAUUUCUCUAUCAAAUUCACAAUUUAUAAAUCAACAAUAUGUUCCACAAAAUGUUUUUACAUCACAAAAAAAUACAUUUUAUAAUGUAAAUGUACCAAAUUAUCCUAUACAACAAAAUAUAAACUCGACACAUAUACAGAAUAUAGUUAUGUCUCCUGUAACUCAGCAAUAUCAAAAUCCAAAACAUCAACAAAAUGUUUAUAGUAUAUCACAAGAUAUUCAGCCACAAACUAUUCCACGACAUAUAUCAUCAAAUUAUAAUAUACGACAAUCUGUACAGCCUAUAUUUCCAAUGAAUGUAUCAUAUAAUGAACUUAAACAUCGAAAAAUACCACAGAAAAUAUCAAUGGAAACUUUACAAAAUCAUAUAUCUGAACAAGUAUCAUUGUCUCAGAAACAGCACAAGAAAACGAAAUCUAUUUCAAAGAAAAAAGAUCUGCAAAUUUCAUUAGAAUCAACAACAAAAUUAUUCAAUGUAUUAAAAUAUAUUUCUGAUAUUCAAAAAAUUAUAUUAUUGAAACAAAUAGAUUUUUAUUUUAGUUGUACUACAUGGUUACAACAACAAUUUACAUCAGGACAAUGGCAAAAAAUUAAUUCACAAAGAUCUUUAUUACUUAAUUUUCAAACACUUUUAAAACAUCUGAUAGAAAAAACUGUAAAAGAUUUUUUACCAGAUAAAUCUCAAGGAAAUAUAUUUGAAACAAAUAUACUCAAAAAUAUUAAAAUUGAUGUUCCAAAAAUGGUACAAAUUGUAGUAAAUGAAAAUGAAGGAAUGUAUUGUCAGAUUGAAGUAUCUAAAGCUUUUCAAGAACAAAAUAAAAUAAUGAAUAUUAAACAAAAUUGUGUGACACAUCAAGAAAAUUUAACACAAAAUCAAUAUGAAAAAGAAUAUGAAACAACUAAUAAUUUACAAAGUAAGGAAGUUUCAAAUGAAAAACAAAAAUCGGAAAUAUCACAUAAAGAAAUACAAAAUAAAACAUUUGGAAAGAGAAUUCUGAUACAGAAAGACAAUUCUUCAGUUAAGUCAAAUUUACAAAUAUGUGAAACAUCAGAAAUUGUUAUUCAUCAAGAGAAUAAAAUCGAAGAAGAAUCAAAUAAUUCCAAAGAUACAUACAAUUUAAAUAUUAAGGAACAAAAUUUAAAUAUUAAGGAACAAAAUUUAGGAGUACCAGGUAAAAUAAUCGAAAAUAUUUCUCAAAUAAUUGAAGAAAAAACAUCAGUAUUAUCAAAUAUGAAACUGCCUAACAAUGAUAUUCUGCAAUUAAAUCAACAUUUAGUUACUGUUGAAAUAUCUUCUAAUAAUGAUCAAGUAACUGUUAUUGAUACUAAUGCUAGUAAUGAAACUAAAUCAAAGAAUGAAGAAUCUACAGAAUAUGAAGAACUUCAAAAAAAACUUCAAAAAGAACUUCAUAUUUCAUCAUCAUUUUUAGAAAAUACAAAUUACAAUAUAUUAGCAAUAUCUUCAGCAAAAAUUGCAAAUAAUAUGAAAGAUUUUGAUAAUGAAGAUUUGGAUAAUUCUUCAUUGGAAGAAACUAUUACAUCUCACAUUGAAGAUAUUAGAAGUAUUUCAUUAGAAACAUUUGAAAAGAUGGAAGAAAUUAAUAAUAUUAUAAGUACAACAGAUGGAAAUAUUGAAGAGGAAGAAAUUAAAAUAUGCUUAUUUUGUGGAAAACCUAGUACUGUAGCAUGUUCCAUUUGUUUAGAAGCUAAGUAUUGUUCUAAAGAAUGUUUCGAACAACAUUGGGAAGAUCAUUAUAAAGACUGUACACCUGUAAAAAAAAGAGUAUAUAAUUGAAAUUUAGAAUAA